AUGAGACAUUCGGAACGUCUCGAUGCCCUACUAGGACAUUCCGAUUGGCCCUUAGAAGCCUUUGAUACUAAUGGUUUAUAUCAACCGAUGAAUAGCCAAAUGCUUACAUUAUUACCGACAAGGGAAAAUCCUCAUGAUUAUUCUCUUGAUCCUCCACUUACAAAACAUGGGAUAAAUCAUGCUUAUCAUACAGGGGAAUUUUUUCGAAGUUUAAAUUUAUUACCUACAAAAGUUUAUACAUCACCAGCAAUGAGAUGCAUACAAACAGCAGAUACUGUUUUAGACGGUUUAGGCUUACGUUUACAAGUGCCAUUACGUGCUGAUCUGGGAUUACAUGAGCCAACUAAAGAAUAUCUACCGUUACAAUCACCCGCUUACUAUUAUAGGAAUGGUUAUAAUAUGGAUCUAAAUUAUCAUCCACUAAUUGCGCCAGCUAAUACGCAAAUAAUAAUACAAGAAAACCAUCUAAGUUAUUAUCGAAGAAUGUAUAGUGUACUGAAACAUAUUAUAGCGAAAGUAGUAGGAAACUCAAACUUAGGUUACCAUAGCGCAGAAACAAUCUUGGUUGUAACACAUCGUCCUUGUGUUUCGAUUUUGGCAGCAAUGUUAAAUAUUGACCGUGUUGCUAAUAAACCAAAAUAUUUAUAUGAUAUUGAACAUAGAAAACGUGAUGAAAUCAGUUUUUUAAGUAUGGUCAUCGCUGAAUAUGAUUCUAACCUAAGACAAUGGCAUUAUUUGGCAGAUUAUCCAGAGAAAAAACUUCCUGCGGUUAUAUCGCCACAAAGAAGUAUUAAACAACGUAAACGCAUGAUUAAUUUUAGAAAACUAAGACAUUUAACAAGGUCUUUGAAAAAAAAAUGA